AUGCGUUCACAUAGCAAUGCGAGUGUUCAUAUAACAUUAGUUCACUUAACAGAUGCAGCAGUCUUUCCAGGAGAAUCAAAAUCACCGAUAUUCUCGCGUGCGACACGGCAAUUACAAUUCGAUCGAUCCGAACGAGCACCGAACUCUGCUGAUGAGAAGUAUCAAAUCCGACAUGUUGGAGAUUUACCGAUGUUCCGUUUCGGUUGA